UGUCAGUAACGUUAUCUUCCAAUUCAUCUCAAUAGACUGAUAUAACGGCAUAUAGCUCAAGGAUCUUCAGGGACUUGUAAUGAAGGCAGCCGAGACUACAGUUCAAGCUAUGCGGCACGAGCUGAAUGCUCACGUCGCGAUCACCCGUCUUCCUGCCGAAGUGCUCCAGGAGAUAUUCGUGACAACCUGCACUGUCGAGCUAGCUGAAUACAGAUCUCUACACUAUCAAUGCAACGUCAUAACGACCGUAUGGAACCCAACUUGGAUUGACAAGGGCAGAGCAGUCAGUCUCAUGCUUGUCUGCUAUCGUUGGAAAGAGAUCGCCUUGGGGAUCCAGGAGCUCUGGAAUGGCAUCGAAACAUAUUGGGAACAUGAAGAUCAUAUCUUGCUGGAGAGGUCCGGCCGAGGCCCGCUCAAGGUGCUGGCUUGCGAGGAAUUGGAACCCUCUUAUGCUGUUGCGCAUGCUCUCCAAAAUGUGGUGCAUUCAUCCAGAAUCCAGGAGUUGUACUGGAUACGGCCCUUCGAACGUGAGGGCGGAGAAUAUAUGGGAAUGCCUGCGCCUUCGUUGAGGUCUCUUGCAUUACAAGAUGACGAAAGUCAUACGCCAGAUGGGACAUUCGAACUCUUCGACAACCACACCCCGUGUCUGGAGCGCCUGUCACUGUCAACUUUGUGUUGGCUGCCCAGCAAUGCAUUCACCAAACUGACAUUCUUGGCUCUCGACAAUUGCAUGGUACCUAAAACUCCCAUCAAAUUACGCAGCUUGCUUGCUGGAACACCAAACCUAGUCGAUCUCAUCCUGCAAGAUGUGGCUGACAAUCGCUAUGGGCAUGUCCGAGUGAAAACUGAGCCUGCGGACAUGAAGCCUGUGUUGCUUGCUCGGUUGCGACGGUUGCUGAUUGGUCAUAUGUGGGCUGAUGACAUCGAUUAUGUCUUCCGGGACGCUCAGCUGAAUGAAGACGUGUCCGUCUCGAUCACGCAUAUGCUGAGCAAGCAUGAUAGUGAGCAUCAAGUAUUGGAAUUGGUAUCCCGUUGGUCAUUGAAUGCCGUGAAACAACCCAAAGAACUGCAUUUCCAGCGAAACGUCGCCAUCGUCGCUGGAGCCUCUUCUGGUCUCCGUUUCCAGGUCGACAAAAGCAUGACCCCCGAGGAUUGGACCGCAUUCAACGGGUUACGGAUGCUAUCCCUUUCCAACAUAUCUCACCUCAGGCUGUGCACGUUGGAGUGGGACACAUGUGGGGUGCCCAGUCUUGAAUGUGUCCGCGACCUUCUUAAUAGGCCGAUGACCGCACUUGAGACACUGUCCGUCAAUGUUGAGGUCCUGGCGAAGGUCGUCGAUGCACUCACACUCUUCCGAGACCCGAUCGACCUGCCUCUCUGUCCCACACUGAUGACGCUACGUAUCGUCAUCCGAAAAGAUAGUGAUUGUGACAUCAUCCUGGACUCGAUUCUCCCGCAUCGUGCGCAGCUUGCCAUCAAGCACCUUUAUGUUGGGUUGAUCGAUCCUCAAAGUGAACGCUGGAGACCUCGUCAAGCUGUGAAGGACCAGCUGCAUGGCAUCUUCGAGUCGGUGAAUUUUGAGACGCUGUUGUAUGAUAAGGCGUACAACAUCACUUUGCCGCUGAUUUGCGAUGAGGAGGCACAUGCUUUUUGGCUGCCCUGGCUUUAGGUGCUGUGUGGAAGAGAGAUGACAUGGAUUGCAGUGAGGCCAAAGGUACGCUCGCGUCAGGGUCACCUCUCGUCUCGGUCGCUC